AUGGUGCGCCGCGACGACGCUUCUUUUGAGGUACGCACAGUGCGUAAGCGAAGAAAAAGCGAAAUGCACUGUGCGUCAGGGAAAGAAGUCUACGCGCUUUUUGAAAACAGCCGAUCGUGUCGCUGACAGGGAAAGUACCCCAAGUGCGACGCACAGAUUUUGAUGAAACUUGGCACAAAUUUCAAAUAAUUUUUUCUUAAAUAUAUGCGAGGAUCCUAGCUCGCGCUUUGCAGAAACAACCGAGAUUUUUAGAUCGAAAGUUGUCGAAAAUUUGACACUUUUUGUCGAAUUUCGUCACAUAAAGUUUCAUACCUACUUCUACCGUAAAGUGUAAUGUCUCCACAAAAAAUCAAUUUUGUCGGCACGGAACUAGCAAAGUUAUGAUCAAAAAACGUUUUUCUCUCUGACCGCUCUCCGCCUUUAGCGUACUCUCUCGGCGACAAAGAUCGUUCAAUAUCUCGGCGGCGCUUGCAAAGCGCGAGCAAAACUUUCAAGAAUUGAUAUUUAGUCUAUGACCGACGCGUGUGCAAAAUUUAAAGAAAAUCUGAGCGUCGCACUUGGGGUACUUCUCUUGUGAAGUGAAAAUCAAUUUGAUUUCGCCGCAACACAAUUCAUUUUCUCGGCGAUGCAAUUUUCGCUGCGACAGAGUGCCCAUUACUUUCCCGACAGACUGAUCAUAUCCAUAGAGUUUCUUCCACAAUUUCAACAAAUUUUUUUGAACUCUCUUGUCUCCAAACGUCUUCGUUGCUCGCAUAAAUACGAAUAAUUAAAAGUCCAACGUAACGCACCCUUCAAAAAUGUCUGUCAACUGCCUGCGGCGAUGUAUCAGACAUCUUCACAUUCAAAUAGGGCCCUCAUUGGGCCUCAAAUUUCAAGCGGAGAAGCGGGAAUUUCAACUCCAUUCUUCCGCGUCUAAUUCGGUUUUUAAUAAACUUAAAACGCCCCUAUCUCAUCUCCAUGAUGACCCCCUUCAAAUACAUAAAUUUCCAGGGCGAAUUACAAAUUCCGAAAACAUCAACCGAAAUUAAUUUAAUCGACAAAUUUGGCAUUUUAAUUAUCUUUUUCGGGGCACGGCAAUCGAGGGGUUACGGUAGCGGAAUGAGGAGGGAUUGCGGGCUGAGUGGAAGGGGUUGAAGAACUCAUUUUUUUUGUAGUUAGAGGAUAAGGAAGCCAAAAAAACAGUGACUGUCAAACAGAGAUUGCCACGGCUCCGGAGCCGGCUCUUGGCUCCGGCUCUGAGCGGCUCCGGCUCCGAGCCAGGAGCCAGAGCCGGAGCCGGAAAUUUUGAGGUCGGCUCCAGCUCCGAGCCAGGAGCCAGAGCCAGGCUUCCCAGCGGUCAGAAAAGUAAAAAUUUCGUGAUCUCGUUAAAACAAAGUGCUUGA